GUCUGAAAGCUGCGGAGGCUCACACAUUCAUGUGUGUGUGUUCAGUGGGUGUGUUCAGUGCGUGUAUUGAGUGUGUAUCACUGUGUGUGUGGUGAGUGGGAGGACUUUGUGUGACUCUCAGCAGGAAACGUGUAAAUCCUCCGGCACUCUCCGCUCGGUGCUCCUCGGUUUCGGUGGUUUUUCAGUUAUUAGUUGUUGUUGCUGUUUGUUUUUUUUACUCAUUUUUUGGGACCGAACUUCUGAGAUGGAGACUAAGUACUCAGAGCUGGAGUUGGCCCUCAACACGUUGGUCACCGAGUUUCACAAAGCUGCAGACAACGGACCGACCAUGAACACCACCCAGUUCCAGUCCAUGAUCUCCAGUCACAUGCCGGCAAUCGCCAAGACGGUGGAGAAUGAAGAAGGCCUGGGUAAGGUCCUGGAGCAGAUGGGCGUGCAGAGUGGCCAGAAUAUCUCCUUCGACAACUUCUGGAAGCUGAUCAACAACCAGGCCCUUCAGCUGUUCGGCACCAUGCACAAAGAGAAGGGCACCAAGUGCACCUGCCUGCUGCAGUGAGCCCUGAAGCCAAAACGCCACCACACCUGAGCCCAGAAACACCACCACACCUGCCGGCUUUCUCUGUGCAGACCACAGGGGGGCGCUGCAGGGUAACAGUGGGACAUGAGGACACAAAAAAAAGAAGAGUUCUAUCGGUGAUUUUCAAACUUUGUUUGCAUUAAAGACGAGUUACAUCCUGCAGUCUGUUUCAAACCCACUGAAAAUACGGAGGACCAAAGGUGACUUGUUGAAAAACAAACAGGCCAAAUGAAUAAACACAUUUGUAAAUGACAACAUGUGUUUAGGAAUAAAUAUAAUUUAAACUUUCAUAAAUGAAAAUGAUUUACAGAGCUAAGACGUUCUUGACCAAAUACAUCGCAAAAUAUAUGUAACACUGAAAAGUAACAAAUGAGUAAUAAUAUGUCCACAAAAUACUCAAGUAGUAAAUUGAUAAAUGAUGAUAAUAAUAAAAUAAUACAACAUGAAAUGGGGAAAACGGAUAAAAGGAGAAUUAUAGUCACUGUUCUGCUUGUAUGGAAGUUGAAGCCUGACUCAUUCAAACUCAUCUCGAAUCAUAAAAUACUGAAAUAAUAUUUUCAAGGUUCUCUAAAAUGAUGAACAAAGAGCAUGAAAAAGUGUUUAAAAUGAAUUAAAUUGUGUAUUUUUUCGUUUGUAUUUCAAAGUGUUUUAUAUGAGUUGUUUUUAUCAGCUGUAUUACUUUAUUUUCAUGAAGUCAGCUUUGGUCCUCCGUAGGUGGACUGUCACAAGUAGAGCAGAGGGAAAGGUCACCGAUAUGACUGCACUCUAACAAAAACACAAACAUGGAACAAGGAUGUUUUUAGCUAAUCAAUGUCUUUUUUAAUGUAAUCCUGGAGUUAACACAGUCUUAUAAAUUACUUCUCAUUUAGACUUCAUCUCUUAGCUGAAACUGUGAUGUUUUGUUUUUAACAUCAUUUAUAUUCACUCUGAAUGUUGCUAACAUGUUUUUAUUGACUGUAAACCAUCUGAUCAUCUCAAUGUUAAUAAACCUGUGACUGCUUUUAGUAU